AUGUUGAAAGUCGCAAAUAAUAAUAACAAUAACAACAACAAUAACAAUAAUAAUAAUUCAAACUUGAAUUCGGGAGCAAUCGAGUCAAUCAUUGAAGAAAAGACUGAGCCAGAAAAACCGGUCGACAGAGAGAAGACUUGUCCAUUGCUACUAAGAGUGUUCUGCAGUACUGGAAGACAUCACAAUCUUAUGGAAUAUAGCAGAGGUAAUGUUCCAGCAAAUGAACUGCAGAUAUAUACAUGGAUGGAUGCAAGUUUGCGUGAAAUUACUAGUUUAGUGAAGGAAGUUAAUCCAGAAGCACGACGCAAAGGCACUUACUUCGAAUUCGCCUUAGUAUAUCCCGACCCGAGGUCUCCAGCAUACAGAAUGCGACAAAUAGGGGUUACGUGCACAGGACAGCGGGGUUCUGAUGACAGCAAAACUCUAGCACAGGCCAGAUUUUGUAUUGGUGAUUACAUGGACAUUGCUAUAAUGAUACCAGACCGUAUGAUGCCAAUGAUGAGGCGAGCACGUCCUUAUUAA